AUGAAUACCGGAACUAGACGUUUUAGUUCGCGAGAAUCUUCGAAGCAAGUGGGAAACUUGAGGAAACCAUCGGUCUACCACGCUGCAAUUGUUGUAUUUCUCGAAUUCUUUGCUUUUGGAUUGCUCACUUCCCCCAUGAUUUCCGUUUUGGAUGAAGCUUUUCCCAAGCAUACAUUUCUCAUGAAUGGAUUAAUUCAAGGCGUGAAAGGAUUCCUCUCCUUCCUCAGCGCUCCUUUAAUCGGAGCUAUGUCGGACGUUUUUGGCCGAAAACCCUUCCUGAUACUCACUGUGACAUUCACUUGUUCUCCUCUUCCCUUCAUAAAGCUGAGUCAUUGGUGGUAUUUCACGAUGGUUAGCAUAUCUGGAAUAUUUGCUGUCACUUUCUCUAUUGUUUUGGCCUUUGUUUCCGAUGUAACAACCGAGGAACAUCGGGGUUGGGCCUAUGGCUUGGUUUCGGCAACCUUUGCGGCAAGUUUGAUCAUCUCACCAAGCCUGGGAGCCGUCUUAGAGAAAGCCUACAGCGAAAAGUUUGUUAUCUUCCUUGCCACACUGGUAGCAGUGUCAGACAUCCUCUUCAUCAUCUUUUUUGUUCCCGAGUCACUGAAAACGAAGAGGGAGCCAUCUCAAAUCCCUAAGUGCUCUUCCAACGAGGUGUGCGCUUGCGGCAACUGUGGGAAUAAUAGCAGUGGACCUCUUGGGGACAUUACGGAGUCCUUUUUAAAUCCACAACAUCAGCAGCAGCAGCAACAACAACAACAACAGCAGCAGGCAAUGACACUGAUUGGAACUCAACCAAAAUCGUCCAUUUCUUCGGAAGUGGUUUGUGUCAACUCGAGUUUGCAGACGUCAGUGGAGAAGAAGUGGGCUAUCACUUGGGACAAAGUUGACCCUUUUUCUGCGCUUCGGCAUAUCAGUCGGGACCGUGUGACACUUUUGGUCUGCAUGACAACCUUCCUCUCCUACCUUCCCGAGGCCGGUGAAUACUCCUGCUUCUUCGUAUACCUACGAUUAGUGAUGAACUUCACUGAGGAGAAUGUGGCUCUCUUUAUAGCCAUCUGCGGACUCUUCUCUUGUGUCGCACAGACCUGUGGAAUGGGACUCCUAAUUGCCUUUAUAGGUCAGAAGCACGCAAUAAUUGUGGGUCUGGCGUUGGAAGCCUGCCAAUUGGCCCUCUUGGGUUUUUUCAGUGCUCCCUGGAUCCUCUGGACUGCAGGCUCUAUUGCUGGUCUUGGAAGCAUUACCUAUCCUGCACUCUCCGCGUUCCUUUCCAAUCACGUCAAGUCGGACCAACAGGGUCUCACCCAAGGUCUCUUGACGGGAAUUCGAGGUCUAUGUGGAGGUCUCGGUCCAGCAGUCUAUGGUUUCAUUUUCUUCAUCUUCCAGAAGGAAAGGGGGAUCUAUAGGUUAGCUUUAAAUCGAUCACCACAAAUUGCGACGUUGAGAACGUUUACAAGAUCACCAAGACUGGCACGUACCUGA